GUGGCGAUGACGUGAGGCCGUGCAGGCCCGAUCGAUCGGACGGGUGGCGGUAGAGUGGGCCCCGGACCCACGGCCUUGUUUACAGUCAGGCUGUCGCACCGAGGCCGAUCGCGAGUUCGUCCGAGCCGCCGCCACGUCAUGGCGAUGUAUGGCGGGUCGAGGCCGAGACCCAGAUACCGUGGUGGUUGUGGCGGUGGCGGAGCGGCGCGCGGUUGGUACUGCGAGCCAGAGCGGGGCUGCAAUGUUCUGCCGCCAUCGGGAGUCUUCCAGGCCAAUGGGCGCCUGUGGCGAGCGCAGCGAUGCCUCGGCAAAGGCUCCUCGGCUGCUGUCUAUGGUGUGACGUCGGGGACGGCGCGGGCCGCCGUCAAACAGUUCGUUCAUGACACCAAGUCAGACUACGGCUUCCUGACGGAGAGCGGGGUCCUGGAGGACUUGCAGGGCCACAGGAACAUUGUAACUCUAUAUGGGAGAUUUUCUAACGUAUCCUACACAAACCAACGUUGCAACUGCAUUUUGCUUGAACUGUUGGAUGUCAGUGUCUCUGAGUUGCUGCUACACUCCAUUAAUCGAGGGCAUUCAAUGUGGAUGAUCCAGCAUUGUGCACGGGAUGUUCUGAAUGCACUGGCUUUUAUUCACCAUGAGGGUUAUGUGCAUGCAGACCUCAAACCUUGUAAUAUCCUCUGGAGCGCAGAGGAUGAAUGUUUUAAACUCAUAGACUUUGGGCUUAGUUUCCAGGAGGGAAAUCAGGAUGUAAAAUACAUCCAAACUGAUGGUUACAGAGCUCCUGAAGCAGAGUUGCAUAAUAUUCUGGCACAGAUGGGAUUGGAAAGUAAUACAGAAUGCACAACAGCAGUUGACAUUUGGAGCCUGGGAGUAAUUUUGCUGGAAAUGUUCUCAGGAAUUAAACUGAAAGAGACAAUCAAAUCUCUGCAAUGGAAGGCCAACAGUUCUGCUAUCAUAGAUUCCAUUUUUGUAAGUAAAGAUAUGGUAUAUUCAGCUAUCCCAGUCUAUCACCUCAGAGAUGUUAUUAAAAGUAUGCUUCAUGAUGACCCAGCACAAAGAAUAACAGCAGAAAGUGCUCUCUACAACCCAUUCUUCAGUAUUCCCUUUGCCCCCCAUAUCGAAGAUUUGGUUAUGCUUCCAACCCCAGUGUUGAGACUGCUAAAUGUUAUUGAUGACAACCACCUUCAAAGUGAAGAAGAAUAUGAAGAUGUCGUAGAAGAUGUGAGGGAAGAAUGUCAGAAGUUUGGACCAGUUAUGAGUCUGCUUGUCCCAAAAGAGAACCCUGGUAAAGGCCAGGUUUUUGUUGAAUUCAGAAGCGCUGGUGAUUGCAAAGUGGCUCAGCAGAUGCUGACUGGAAGGAUGUUCGAUGGCAAGUUUGUUGUGGCUACGUUCUACCCUCUGUGUGCCUAUAAGAGGGGAUAUCUGUAUCAUACAGUAGUUACUGAUACCUAACUUUCAACUGGGCUUGCAACCUUUUAUAAUCACCCAGGUCCCUUUUGAAAAAUUCCUCAGUACAACAGUAUAAAGGUUAAAUGUUUUGCUCUGAUUCCUUUUGUGUGUAAGAUAGCAUUGAUUUAAGCAGCUGGUUUAGAAAAACGUUUACAAACUUAGGUAUUGAUGCACUUAAAACUGCCAGCAAGUUAUUUACAAAAUCUAUUUUAUUACUAGAAAUUAUAGCCACUGCAUUUGGUUUAUAAAAUGCUAAUUUAACAGUUUUGCUGGCAGAGGUAAUGAUUGCAUUUGAUAACGGGGAGCAUGCUGAUGAAGCCUAUUAUAGAUUACUUUAUCUUAAUCUAAAUAAGUCAAAGAACACUUUUUUGUAAAUGCUGGAAUAAAAAGUAAAAUAGAUUGAAUCUAUGUUAGUGAUGUCAUAAGGAUCCUGUUGCAAGCAUUUAACUAUAGCUACUAUGGGUACAUCAGACAGAGAAUAUUUGUGAUACCUUGAAGGAUUUUAGUGAGUGCAUUUACAUAAAUGCACAUACAUUAAACAAUGGAUUUUUAUUGUGGGCAAGUGGUACACAUAUUUGAGCACAACUCCUAGAAUUCCUUAAUAGUGCUUUUUUUGCCUUAGUAUACAGCUGCUUGAAUGGUGUGUAUACAUACGUGGUGUGUUGCAGAUUUAUUUAUAUUAGGGGAGAAACACAAGAACGCUCCAUGUAUCCUUUAUCAGCUUUAGAGAUUGCAUUAAGGUUUUUUUAAUAUUUUCCUUGCAUGGGGGUGGCUUGGCUAUUGUGUAGCCUGGAUUUGAACUUUUUGACCAGUGGCACACAAAGACAUAUUGAAUGACAAGUGUUCUAAUACGUGAGCAAAUCUGAUCAGAAAUAAUAAGCAUGCAGAUAAUUAAUUCCACAUAAUUUGGUAUAAAGGCUGAGGAAAAUAUCAGACUGCUGGCUACACUUAGCUUUUCAGCAAAUUGACAACCCACACAACAAAAUAGUAUUCUAAAAUAGUGAAACAGUGCAAUCAUUGUUAGACUAAAUGACAAAAUAGACUGGCAAUAAUUGUUCAAAUCACUUGGGGAGUCUAAACAUUUUAAAAAGUUACUGCUAAAAUUAAUUGAUUUUAAUAAGUACUUUUAGAUAAAUUUUGUAGCAGUGGUUCAAGUGAGUUUGCACAUAUGUUAUAAUCUGGUGAGUGCAAUUUAUAUGUUGACUUUCCAGUAAAAUUUUAUAUAUACUCCAAACAAAAACCAAAAGUAAUCAUACCCUAACCAAAAGAUUCAAUUAAUCUGGAUUACAUCACAGUUGCCUUGUUUUCCAUGUAUCGAGCAUUUUAAGUGGCAAUAUUAAAAAUAUAUAUUUUAGGAAAAAUAUUCCCAUGUAGUCUUUUACAGGGACUCCCAUCUGUUGAUUUGGAAAACAGCUCACCUAAAUAUAGAUUACAUUUGGAAAUGACAGUAUUCACAGCGCUAGUAGUAUAAGGUCCUUAGCAGUUAAAAUAUUAUUGUGGUUAUGUGUUCUAGUUCAUUGCACUUAUUCCUACAAUAUUAGAAUCACAAAGGUGCAGGAUAUUUCAUAAAGUUGACAAAUUCUAGCUAAUAACCAAAGACAGCUUGCUGAAAUGGAGAAAGUGCAGAACAAGAAUAUUGAACCAGUUUAUGAAGACACAUGAACUAUUCAGUCUCAAAAAGAAUUCUGUUGGAUUGUUGCAGUAUGUUUAUGCACUGUUGAGAUUGUUUCUUUCAGGCAUUUGCUCAGGUGCAUUUAAGGCUGAGGUUCCCAACCGUUUUUAAGCCAUGGACCAAUCCUAUUAAGCAAGGGCUCCGUGGACCUCAGGUUGGGAACCCCUAAUAUAAGGCAAUUAUAAAAGUGUUUUAAAGAUUGAUAUGUCUUUCUGUCGCUUAGCUGUACUCUACAAUCUUAAGCCAUGAAACAAAUGAACUCUAGUGAUUUUUCUGUGGACUUAAACUCAAGAAAUUUAGAAACAAAACAGUGAAGUUAAAUUUAGCAAUUUGUGAAAAUGUAUUUCUAACAUUUAGUUCAGAUGUUUUAUAGCAAAGUAAACCGUUUAAAAAUGUUUACUUAUCAAAUCAUACCAAAGUAAAAAAAGACAACGCAAAUACUCCCAACAAUUAGGAAUGCCUCAUAAUUGCAUCCUUCCGCUAUCAGAUUCGUAUGGGGCUGAAAAUUCUGUUCCUUAUCUAUCACACUUACCCAUAAUUUUUUGUAUACACUCAAUACUCUAACCAUUACUCAGCUCUUGUGUUUAUUAACAAAAGUGAGCUUGUGUCUUCCAACUCAUUUUAAUUAAAUAAUGCACUUCAAGACUAUUUCUUCCAUUACUGUUAUUGAUAUUUAUUUAAACCAUUUAUUAACUACACUCAGAAACCAGCCAUUGUUAUAUACAAAAUGCAUAUCUCCUAAGAUAGUGUUUUAUUUGAUUAGUAUUAAUAGAUUUCUGAUUUAAAUAUUCUAUGGUUAUCAAAGUAUUAAAAUAUUUGUAGGGAAAUGAGAAUUUAGGGAUAUUUGUAUCCUCAUGGAUUGCAUUAUACAGUACAUUUUGAUCUUGUCAUUUGCUUAUGUUAAUAUUAUAUUACCAGUGGCUGUGACAGUUCCAAUUUAAAACAAUUGAAUCUGAAUAAUUCUAUUGAACUAGAAAUUAACAUUCCAAUUCAAUUACGAUGCAGUGCUGGUUCUUGGAUUACAUUUUUCUUAAGGUGGUUUCUUAAAUUUUGGAUGUAUAUUUUGCAGAUUUGUUCAAGUAAAUGCAUAGGUGCUUGAAAUCGGUUCCAAAUCACAGAUGGAGUAAAACAAUUCGGCAGUUGAAUAUGAAAUGUGCUUACCAGGUGCACACUUAAGUUGCCAGGGUAUUGUUUUCAAUGUACCUGGACUUUCCCUGGCUUAUGACAUUAGUUCAUAUACUUUGAUUUAGUCAUUUGUGCUAGUUCAAAUCUUUAUAUGAUUUCUGCCAUAAGAUUUUUUGAAGCCAUUAAAUCUCGCUAUACACUGCCAAAAAAGAACAGAUUUUCAAUAUGUUUGGAAACAAUCAAAUUAGUAAUUACUAAUAUUUAAACAUGUAAUUCUACAGUUCUCAUUAGCACAGUGCUGAAGUUAGAAACAAUGAUAUCUCAAUGUGUUCCAAUCUAUUUCAAACAAUUGUAGAAAAAAAAGUUUUAGACUAUACAUAGAAGAUUUUUUCAUAGAAAAUCCAAGGGGUUAUGAGAUUUGAAAAACAUACAUCUUUGCAAUGUGAAAAACUUGCUUUGAAAUUUGGGGGGAAAAAAAUCGCAACUCCUUUUGAGGGGCCUUCCUUGUAAUACCUGGAGUAACUUAUUCAGGACACAACCAAAAACAAGAACUUUAACAGAGUAGGUUUAAUUUGUUGUUGAAUAGGACUGAAAGAGCUGCAGUAGAUAUAAUUAACUGGAUUUAGCACUGCUCAUUUUGGAGCUCUGGCUAUAUUGGUUUGUCUUAUAAAUUUCUGUCCAGAUGGAGCAAAGUAAUACAUAUUUUUAAAUGACCAUAUAUAUUUUUUCAGUGUGUGUAAACCUAUGAUGUUGAUUCAUGGGAUUUAAAUGAUAACACAACAAACCUGCUGGGUUUUUUUCCACUACUGGAUGCUUUACGAGUUCAGUUAAUUCAGGUUACAUUCUUGGAUCAGUCUUGAGUCAUGUUUGCAAAUUAAAAACCAUACGUAAUCAUAGGCUUGAAUGCAAUGUGACUUACCAUUUACUGAAUUGUGAGUCAGGGUUCUUUAUCUGGCAACUCACCCACAAGACAGUAAAAUAUUCCAUUUAAGUAUGCAACAAUCCCAGUUACUUUUGCACCAAAACCUUAGGAGGUAAACAUGGUGUACUCUGGAUUCUGUUUUUAGGAACUGCAGCAUCUGAGUGAGAUUAAACAAGAGAUAGAAAGGCAAAAUCUUCUCUUCAUUAUCAGCAUACUAAUGUUACAUCACAAUGUGUCUCACAAAAAAACCCAGCCAGAUUUGUAAAAGAAAUUCUCAAGUAAGGUAACUUGUUGAAAGUUAACAUUGUUUGGAUUAAUUUUUAAGAAUGCAUGUCUUAGACCUGUAUGAUUUGUCUAGCAGCCAGUUUGUUUAUUUACUGAAAGUAGUGAAUAAUCUGACACUGCACAGACCAUACCCACUUUUCCCAUGAUCUCUGUAUCCCCCAUGCUAAAGAUUAGAAUCAAAAGAAAUAAACAUGCCACCUUAUAGCAGUUGUUUGGGGUGGGUUGAAUAUUUGUGUUUCCCAGAUGCCUUGUAGCAAUGUAUCCAGUUUUUUUUUACUGAAAUACAAGGGAAAAUGGGAAGGGAAGAGAUGAAAUUUUCCACUUUUGAACAGUGUGCAUAGGGCCACUUCAAAAAGCAUAAAACCUUUUUUUUUAAGUUUUAUACCCUUUUUACAUACCUGAUGUGAUUCCCAGAACAUUGUGCAGUUGAUUUUGGAUAUGUUUUAUCUCUCUGAGUUUGUUGCCAUCUUCAAUAAAUUUUGUGGUUUUGAGGAUUAAACGUAGCAGUGCAUUGAGAUUCUAUAGUUGAUAAUUGCUCAACUGGAAUGAUUCCAGUAGUUAUUUUUAAAAUAUAUUACAGAAUCAUCCCCAAAGCAUUUCUCAGGGUCAGUCAUCUGCAACAUAUCCUCUCCUAAGGAGUACAAUCAUGGACAAAAAUUUCGUGAUUAAAUAAAGACUAUUCCAAAAGAGUGCUUCAGACCAUU